AUGGCUGUCCAGCAUAAACAAGACCCAAUUGUUUUGGUUAUAGAUUUCCACCAUGCACGCGGCCCCGAGAUCGAACAUUGCCUUGCCGACGAAGGAACUGACCCAGCAACCGAGAAUGACUGGUCUCUCCUCCCAUUCAUGGCCCUAUCUGAUGGAGCACAUCUGUCGACCGAGGAAUUCUCAUACUUCACACUCUGCCGAAAGGGUGCAUCGACAAUACCCGAAACCUCCCUCUUUGGCAUCGCCUGCUCCCGCCAGAUCGAUUCGAGUCUGCUUAUCAACCGCUCGGCCGAUGUGACUCGCUCAACGGUACAAAAGGCCGUUGUGGUCGUGACGGAUAGUCCGCAGCGAGUUGGUCAACUACGUCAGAAGCUUUCCGUGGUAACUUCGGCUUGGUUCGCGCAACGCGACUUCUCGGAUGUCGAUAUCUUGAAGAAAUUCCGCGAGGGCUUGGUAAUUGCCCUGCUGAAUGAUGGCCCAAAAGAUCAGAACUUGGGCCUUUCGCUUCGGGAGAUGAUUCACGAAUUCAAAUUUCAGACUUUGGUUCUUUUUAAGGCACUACUGUUGCAACCCAAGAUGCUUUUCUUCGGGACGCGCUGUGAACGCUUGUGCAUGAUUCAGUUCUCACUUAUAUCUUUAAUACCCGGCCUCAUCCACAGCUUGCAAGAUUGCGCGGAUCCUGCCUUUGAUACCUAUUCUCAGACUGUUGAGAAGCCAACGUCUCUCAAGACGAGUGACAGAAGCUCCUUGUUAGCAUACAUGGGGCUUCCACUGCAGAUCUUCGGAAAAGGCAGCAUGUUUGGCCCCUACACACCUCUUCAGUUGCUGGAUCUGCUGGCGGAUGAUGGCACAAAAUCAUAUGUGGUUGGCUCAACAAACUCGCUACUUCUCCAGCAAAAGGACCGUUACAGUGAUAUUCUAAUUAACCUUGACGAAGACAGUAUCGUCAUAAAUUCUCCUUCUCUCCGCAGUGCCUUAGUCCUUUCUGCGGCCGAUAGACGCUGGAUUGACCUGCUCACACAAAUUGUCAAUGACACUUGGGACGAGGAACAUCCCUCACAACCCAAGACCCUUGGCUUCAUGGGCUCAGAAGAAUUCAUUCGACUACAGUUCGAAGAAUAUUUGUUGGCAUUAUUAUCGUCCAUGAAGUACCACGAGGAGCUCUACCCAUGCGACGUCGGAGAAUCGGGGAAUCGCAGCAGAACCCAGCUGCAAAACCUCAACAUUGAAGGAGACCCUGCCGUCGACUUCAAUACGGAAUUCCUGACCCAACGACUUGCACAACAGGUAGCAGACCUGCACCUCGAUGAGCGUGUCCGCGAAGGCCGUGAGGCCCUGAACCGCCAUAUCUCAACCGGACAAAAGAAAGUGAGCGCCGCAUUCACAAGCUUCUGGUCCGACAUUGAAACAAUGCGGGAAGCGCAACGCAAACGUAAUGAAGAGAAAACCGCCUCCCAAUCGCAACGCACCUCCAUCGACAAAGAAACCCCAACCUCGCCAACCCCCUCCUCACAAGAUCCUGCCGAUGCCUCCUGGUUCGCAGGCCGCCAAAGGGCAUCUGUGGACAUGACACAGGCCCAAGCCUCCGUGACCGUAGCCAGCCAAAAAGCAGGCUCCUAUUUCAGCUCGUGGGGCUCAUGGGCGAGCGAAAAGCGCCGCGAGUGGCAAGAAAAGCGCGUCACAUCCCCGAACUCGAAUCCCACUCCCAAUGCCGAAUUGACUUCAUCAUCCACCCCGGCCUUGUCCGUCGUUACCGAAACAGCCGAUUUGGACCGCGGCCGUCGCGGUUCCAUCCAGCACAAUAGUGAAGGCAACGAUAACCCCGAGGAUGGUCUUAGUCGCAGCACCAGCCGAAGAAAGAGAUGGAGUAAUAUCCUGCUCAGACGCGACAGCGGCGAGUUCCAGCGUCGCGAUGAUGUUUCCACGUCCGACUCUAUCGAAACUCCCUUCCCGAAAUCUCCUCUAUCGCAGGGAUUCCCGGCUUAUGCGGAUGAUACAGAGCAAAAGCAGACCCAGGACAUCCUCCCGGAUGGAAAGACUACUAGACAGGAUACCGUUGAUGCAGAUGGGUUCUCUCCUGUGACUCUCACACCGAAUGAAGGCCUAGGAUUGAGUUUGGGGACUGAGGAGACUGUUUCCCAGACCCAGAAGGAACCCACACCCUCGAGUGGGGUGAAGGUAGAUACACAGCCUGAGGACUUGGUUACUCCACUCCCUGUCAAAGAGGAGGCGCAUCCAGUCCAGAGCAAAGACUCGUCUGGUACGAAUUAG